CGCACUACACACACAUGACAUAGCUGGAGCUUGUGUACAGUAUAUGAUAAAGUAGAUAUAAGUGUGGGCAACUGAUUUCAGUCACAUAAUACGUUUGAUUACUUUUGUUUGUAUUUAUUGUAUAUCAUAACGCACGUAUUGUGUACAAUGUACUUGGUUGGGUUGACGGGUGGCAUAGCUACUGGAAAAAGUGCAGUUGCUGCUAUUUUCCAAGAACAAGGCAUUCCUAUUAUAGAUGCUGACAUAAUCGCUCGUAAAGUCGUAGAACCGGGAAAGCCAGCAUGGCACAAGAUACAAAAGGAAUUUGGACCAGACGUUUUCUUGGAUACCAAAUACUUGGACAGAGCUAAGCUAGGCGAUUUAAUAUUUAACGAUGUUGAGAAAAGAAAAAAACUUAAUGCCAUUACACAUCCCGACAUAUAUAAAGAGAUAUAUUGGCAAAUCCUUAAAUACUUUAUACAGGGACAUCCUUUUGUAAUUUUGGACUUACCCUUGCUUUUCGAAACUGGACACAUGUUAAACUACUUGCACAAGAUUAUAGUUGUAACAUGUGAAGAGGAUCUCCAACUGCAACGAUUAAUAGAACGUACUGGAUUCACAGAAGCUAAGGCAAAACUACGAAUAGCUGCACAGAUGUCCUUGGAGAAGAAAGCGGAGAUGGGGAACUUUGUAAUUGAGAAUUCAGGCAGCAUGAGCGACACUAAAGAACAGACCAUGAAAGUAUUUAAUGUGCUACGGUCCUCCAAGCAUCACUGGAAAUUGCGUUUCCUGGUUGGUGUUUGCUGUACCAUAAUAUUAGCUGGUGCAUAUUGGUUGAAAAACAAAAGCUCCAGAUCAUUAUCCAGUGCGAUAUAAAAUUAUCAUAUCUACUGAAAUUGAUCAAUUUCAAAUAAACAGUUAUCGUAUUGUUAUUUGUAACUGCACAGCGCAUGCUUAAUUUAACUACAUUUGACUAUGUCGCGAUGCAGGCACAAAAUUGUAAUUUUUAUGUAUAAAUGAAAUAAAAAUUAUAUCGAUUA